CUCGCUACCAAGUUACUUUGAUAAUACCAGCCAAAGCCUACCCCACUACCAAAAUGUUUUUUCAACGAAUCGCCGCCACAGGGGUUGUUGCCGCCUCGGUUGUGUUAGCUGCCAGUCUGCCCAAUGUCUUGGUCCCACGAGCCGCCGAUUUGCCAGCCUCUUAUGCCGAACCGUACUUGAACAUUAGUCUGAAAAUCGCCGACUACGGUUGCGCCCCUCUUCCUGCCGACCACCCAUUCAACACGAACAAUGUAAGUUGAAAAGGCCCGUGGCUAUAUAUGGUCAGGAAGACAGCCGAAGAACUAACGUUAUGCUCGAUAGUACAUCUACUUCGUCGAUGUCUUGUCAGACUACUACAGUGUUAUUGCCACACCUCUUGUCACCGCUGAGGACAAGACAGCCUGCGGUAGUUGCGUUCAGGUUACGUACGUUACCGAUGCCAACGAGAAGAAUAGGGUGUACGGUAUCACUGUAGACGGUACCGAGGGCUACUACAACUUUGAUAAGGCUGGAUUCGCAGGACUGGGCGGCAGAGAAUCCUUUAACAAGGGCACUCUAAAUGUUACGGCAGAGACUGUGGACAUCAAGAAGUGCGAACGUGCUAGACAGUAGAAAGGGUACUGCCUUGGGAAAGCAAGACUGUGGAAGAGUAUGGCAAUAUUACGAUAACGCAUGUGCCGAAAAGUUGUGAUUAGGAGGGCAGUUUAUACCUGAAAGUUAUAGCUGAAAUGGUGUUCUUAC